AUGAAAUACUCAGUAAAAAGUCGUCGUAAACCGCGUCAAUCAAAUAAGAGCAGAGACUUUAAAAACGAGGUAGUCAUUCGCGUCGCGAAAUGGGUAACGGCAUUUAUAAUCUAUGGGGCUGUCUUAUCGUGUGUUGUGACGAGCAAGAUUUGUUUGCUAGUUCUAGGGCAGCAGUUUAAAAGUAUCGAUGAGACUACAACGAAUUCCACAACCAAAUAUUCAUCAGAGACAAAUAAACAGGCUCUGUUUUUGAUGCUCGUUUUGGUUUUAAUGAUCCCAGAAGCUGUUUGUUUUAUAAUUACAUGCUGGACAAGUUUGUUGGAGAAAGAUCGACCGUGGCCUUCGAAGCAAGCAUCCAUAUUUACUUUGAUUGGUGGAUUUUUAGAAGCAUGCUGCUUGUGCUACAUUGCUGUGGUGAUGGUGACAGUUCUACCUGUGAGCCCUGAUUCAAUCGUGUUACUAAUGUGCAGUGUAUCUGGGUUAUCGUUACUAUGGCAGGAAGUCUACAAAUUUUUGUGGCAACGCGAAACCCCAAUCAGCAAGCAGGUUAUAGUGGCAUCUCUACUCUCCACCGUUCUUGUUUUUACUGGCACUAUCAUUCUGUCUUUCAAGGUGACUGACCGAACAGGACAGAUUUGUUCUCAAGCUGCUUUUUACCUGCUCUCCAUUGUCUGGUCGCCCAAGUUUAGAGAAGUCCAAAUUCAAGGGAACUAUGUCAAAGGUAAGUGUCCUGAGGACAUCAAUUCAUGUAGCAUUGUCAACACUCCAGAGCAAGGUAACGAUGAGAUUCCAGAAUCAUCAGUCAUCAGACUUGGGACCGUGGAGAGCAGAAACAGUCACCAAGAGCAAGAUCCUACUGAGGAAGGGGAAGGAAUUCCAGUUAUUUAUUCUCGCGAUGCAAGUGAUAGUCACCCACAAGAAGGUAAUGUAACAGGAAGGAUAGCGGAUUCUAUCGAUGACAACCAUAGAUUUAACCCAAACCCAAGUUCUUGUGUGCCAGGAAGCACAGUUCACGCGAAAGUGGCCAUCAUUUCUUCUUUCUGUAAACUUUUUUUCAUCCCCGUAAUGGCAGUUAUAUUUUCACAAAUAUUUGACAUUGUGCAUCUCAAAAACAUCUCUAACGGAUUUCGAGAUAUAACAACUUCAAAUCCAUCAUUUUUAUACUUUAUACUUCACAUUGUAACGAGCUUCUUCGGUUACAAUUUCGGUUGGCUCGCAUGUUCUCUCGGCAUGCACUGGAUCGGAUAUGCUCUACCGUUGAUGCUGGCAACACCGAUUUCUGUUAUCGCGCCACACCUCUGGAAAAUAUGUGAAAAAAAAAGCCUUCCAUUACCGUGCGCACCAAAACCUUCAUAUUAUACAAUAAUGGCCGCAGUGUUUCUGUGGCUUGCACAGUGCAUGGUGACGACCUAUUACUUGUGGAAAAGUCCCGAGGAGAAAGCAAACCGCUUGCUUUGGAUUCCAUCUUACAAUGGUGUUUGCUUUGAACAGUACUUAUUAACUUACAGACGAAACCGCCAAUCUGAAAAGGAACACUCCACACAGCAAAAUCUGCAGAAGGAUAGUCAAAUGCAUGUCUUCAUUUGCACUACAAUGUAUCUCGAAAAAGACAAAGAAAUGGAAGAACUUCUUCGGUCAAUCAUGGAUGUCAACAAGAACUUACAGAACUCAAGGCACCGUUACGAAUCACACGUGUUCUUUGAUGGUUGUGUCGAUAAAGACCGGCUGAACAGUCAUGUGUUGCGGUUAGUUUAUCUGGUGAAGGAAUUCUUAAAUUUGCCUCUCAACAGUUGUAUCAAGAUGAGGACCCCUUACGGAAUGCAGCUAAAGUGGACAGUCCGGGAUAAAAUGGAGUUCACGAUUCAUUUAAAGGACAGUACAAAGGUGAAGAGGAAGAAGAGGUGAAGCCAAGUAAUGUAUAUGUCCUACAUCCUGGAUUAUAAAAUCCCUGAAGGGAAAGACGACCAGUGCUUCAUCCUUUCAACAGACGGUGAUGUUAAAUUUACCUACGAGUCCGUUGAGACCUGAAUUGAUCGAAUCUGCGAGGAUACCACAGUUCAUGCAGUUUGUGCCCGUACCCAUCCUCUAGGCCGUGGACCCAUCGUAUGGUAUCAGAUAUUUGACUAUGCUAUCGGCCAUUGGUUUCAAAAGGUGACUAAUCAUAUGCUUGGCACAGUCUUGUGUUGUCCUGGAUGCUUCAGCUUGUAUAGAUGUGAGGCUUUGAGGGAUGUUUUAAAAGAGUUUGCCACUCCCGCAAAAGGUCCCUUUGAAUAUCUUUCCAAAGACCUGGGGGAAGACCGUUGGUUGUGUACACUGAUGAUACAACGUGGCAAACGAUUGACAUAUUGUGCUACUGCGAAUAACAGCACUUACUGCCCGGAGAGCUUUGAAGAGUUUUACAAACAAAGGAGACGAUGGACGCUAUCUUCCCUCGCUAACUUAGUUUUGCUGAUCAGCAAAGGGAGAGAAAUACUGAGAAAUAACAAACAUGUCUCGUUUUUAUUCAUCCUUUACCAAACGUUCGUUGCCAUUUUCUCUGUGAUCGGAUCGUCCACAUUAAUUCUGGUCAUAGCGGGUGGAAUGACACUAUCAGGUGUUCCCAUAAAGGAAAUAUACGCAGUCGCAUUCCUCUGUCUGGUUUUUGUUGCUUAUGUAUUAUUAUGUCUCUACAAGCCAAAAUGGCAGCUGAAAGUAUCCAAGAUGCUGACCUUUCUUUUCUCAGCAAUUAUGUGCAUCAUAGUAAUUGGCAUGGCUUCUCAAGUUUCAAAAGAUUUGCAGGCGAGAAAGGUUGAUCCAACUAUCGGAACGAUAGUGUAUACGAACACAUCUUUAACAGCACCAAAACUUCUGCAACACAAUUUACUGGCUGCUGUGAGUUCCCUGUACUUAGCUGGAUUGAUAGGGGUCUUUGCCAUAGCUUCUUUCUUGCAUCCAGGAGAAAUCCUUUGCUCUGUCUGUGGAAUUUGGUAUAUCUUGUGCCUGCCAUCUGGCUUUCUGUUGUUGACGAUAUACUCCAUUUGCAAUUUAACCGACACUUCUUGGGGAACAAGAGAGGGAGAUUAUUCUGGGUGUCCAUGUUUGUGUCUGCAAAGAUCACAUCAAAUUAGACCAGAUCAGGAUGAAAAAGAGAGUAAGGGUCCCGGUCCGUCAGGUCUAAACAGGAAAGCAGAGUCACCAAAAGGAAUAAGAACAACUUUAGAUACAAUCCAAAUGUCACCGCCUGAAAAGGAACAUAUUCACACGCCAGUGAAGAAUUAUUUACAAGAUAAAGAGCUGGGGAAAUAUGCAGCUGGUUUCGUUGAAAAUGGAUAUGAACUCAUGAUGGAUUUAGCUGGAUUACAAGAGGAAGAUCUCAAAGAAAUUGGUGUAGAGGAAGCGGAUACUGCAAAGCUCCUGCAACACAUAAAGAAAAUUCCUUUGGUUAAGAUCAGUGACGACAUUCCAGGAAACGUUAGAGACUGGUUAGUAGAGUACCGUCUUGAAGAAUAUUGGCACAUGUUUGAAUCAAAAGCAUGUACAGAUCCAGAGGCUCUUCAAGAUUUAAAAAUGAAGAGUGAAAGGAACCCGAAGCAAUACUUGAAAAAAAAGUUUGAAAUCGAAAAACCAGGCCAUUUAAAGAGGCUUAUUGAGGCUCUUCACAGUUUACUUCCUUCUCCUGAGAUGAAGAAAAUCAGCUUCACGAGUUGUGAGUUGGACAGAGUUCCUUUUGUCGAAUGGGAAGAUUAUGAUGAGAUGAGGAAGGAAAAGAUCUACUGGGAAGGUUUACUUCCAAUAUGCCUUACUCCGGAUGACAAGUCCUAUGAGUCAACCACUUUUGGCCAAAAAAAACUCCGGAACCUUAGGAUGACAGUUCUGUGGGUUUUCGGUGUAAGCGACACUUUGUGGAUAAUACUAGUAUUGACUCUGUUUGUUCAUAGAGACCAGGAGAAUUUAAGUUUAGAUCUCAUCAGUUUUCUUAUUGUCUGUGGAGGCAUAUUCGUGGUGCAGUUUUUAGCCCUCCUGUGCCAUCGCGUUCAGGCAUUGGUUUUUUUUUGUCACGUACACCUUGGACUGGAAAUAAUAGAGAAGAUGAGAAAAAAUAAAAGGAAACAUGGCAAAAAUGAUAUUAGAUGGAGGAAAAAUAGGAAAGAGGGUUUUAUAUCCCAUGCUUAAUUUUUUGGUUGUUGUUUAUUUCAAGAAAAUUGACUUAACAAGCUGUGCGGUACAGGAGAAAGUCGUUUCCCAUCAACUUCAAUUGCCAUUGUGUUUAGGCACUGAUUAGCCAUACGCUUGAUAUAAAAAGUCAACUAGCACACAGUAGAUAGUAUUUGUGCUGUAAAUUCAGAAACUUAUUUGCAUAAUUGAGGCAAUUUGAGAAUGAAAGUCCAAUAUCAUUUUAUGAAUCCGCAGGUUAAUGAUUUCAUGUGGGCUUUAAACUCAAAGAUCAAAUAAAUGACAUCGA